AUGGAUCCUAAAAAGAUAUUACAAAAGCCAUCCUUGGCUUAUACGAGUAAUCCAAAUUAUAGAAAACCUCCCAAAACUCCUAACCCCUACUUACAAUGCCUAGGAACACCACAUAUAGACUCGUUUAAUUACAUGAUCCAAGAUGGCCUAAAAGCUGCUAUAGCGGACUUAAUACCCGCAGAAUUUGAAAUGCCUAGCGGCGAAAAGGUAAAAAUCACGAUAGAUGAGGCAGCAUUUGCCAAGCCAAGUGUACCCAUGGAAGCAGUCGGAGUCAAAAAUCAGAAAGUUAGUCCUACUGAAUGUAGGCAACGAGCUGCAACAUACAAGGGAGACUUUAAGAUUAGACUAAGUUUUGUUAUUGAUGGAAAGACAACAACUAUGGAUAGGUCUCUAGGAUCUCUGCCUAUAAUGUUAAAGUCUAAGGUGUGUCAUUUAGCUGAUCUAUCACCUGAAGAACUUGUAAAACAAAAUGAACAUGCAGAUGAAUGGGGAGGCUAUUUCAUAAUUAAGGGUCAUGAACGUCUAGCCCGAAUGCUGCUUGUAACACGCCGUAAUUAUCCUGUUGCAAUUAAGAGAUCUGGAUGGAAAAUGAGAGGCAAUCUCUUCUCUGACUAUGGUAUUAUGGUUCGCUGUGUAAAAUCUGAUCAAACAAGUACUAACAAUGUGCUUCAUUUUCUUCAAAAUGGUACAUGUAAAUUGAUGUUCUCCCACCGCAAAGUCAUGUACUAUGCUCCACUGAUAUUGAUAAUGAAGUGUCUCAUUGACUGUCCGGACCACUACAUAUAUAGAUUGUUAUUAAAUGGCAAAAAGAAUGAUUUAUACUAUGUCAAUUGUAUACAAAACAUGCUCCGUGAACUCCAUGAACAGGGUCUUCACACAUCUGAAGAGUGUAGAUCUUAUCUCGGUAGGAUGUUCAGGCCUCGUCUCUCAGAACUGCCAUCAUGGAAAUCUGAUGAGGAUGCAGCUGAUUUCUUGCUAAAGAGAUGUGUCUUGAUCCACCUAAAUGGAUAUACAGACAAGUUUCAUGCUUUAGUGUAUAUGGCACAGAAAUUGUUUGAUUUAGUACAAAAUAAAUGUAAGGUAGAAGGUGCUGACGCUGUGAUGGUCCAGGAGCUUCAAGUGGGCGGACAUCUUUAUCUACAAGUUCUAAAAGAACGCUUACAAAUGUUAUUGUAUAUUCUUAAAGCCAAUUUACUAAAACGAGCCAAAACUGCUAAGAAGUUUUCAAUUGACUCUAAAGAACUCCAACAAUUAAUUAGGAUGGCGGGUUCCUUAGAGCAGAAGAUGGAAACAUUCCUCGCUACCGGCAAUGCACCUUCGAACAAUGUCAACUUAGCACAAUACAAAGGACUCACAAUUGUUGCGGAGAACAUCAAUAGGAUGCGAUAUAUGUCGCAUUUCAAGGCAAUCCACCGGGGCUCAUUCUUCAUGGAGAUGCGAACAACGGAGGCCCGCCAGCUGCUGCCCGACGCGUGGGGCUUCGUGUGCCCGGUGCACACGCCCGACGGCGCGCCCUGCGGACUGCUCAACCAUCUCACCGCCUCCGCUCAGGUGACCCAGCCACCAGACCCGAAGCAACUAGCGUCUUUACCAUUCGUCUUAGAAAAGUGUGGUAUGGAACCCAUAAGCUUUAUUUCCCAAACCCCACCGUCUCACGACGUGUACAAAUACCCAGUGUUCAUCGAUGGUAGAUUGGUGGGAUUCUUGCCUGAAGACAUAGUGUCUAAAGUUACAUCGUAUUUGCGCAUUUUGAAGGUGAAAGGGGAAGAUGUGCCUAUAUCCACUGAAAUUGUAUUGAUACCUAAGAAACAGAUCUGCGCGCAGUACGCGGGCGUGUUCCUGUUCACGUCGGAGGCGCGCAUGAUGCGGCCUGUCAUCAACCUCACCACCGGUCAGCUGGAGCUCAUCGGCACCAUGGAACAGCUGUACCUGGACGUGGCCGUCACACAGACUGAGAUUAUAAAAGGUAAAACAACGCAUUUGGAGCUGUCAAAAUCGGCGUUUAUGAGCAAUCUCGCCCAACUAGUGCCGAUGCCGGACUGCAACCAGUCGCCUCGUAAUAUGUACCAAUGUCAGAUGGGGAAGCAAACCAUGGGUACUCCCAUACACACAUGGGGUACCAACGCAGAGACCAAGUUGUACCGUCUACAAAGUGGGGCCACCCCACUGUUCAGACCGCUCCACUAUGAUAAUCUAAGUCUAGAUGACUAUCCUGCUGGCACUAACGCGAUAUUGGCUGUUAUUUCUUACACGGGUUACGAUAUGGAAGACGCGAUGAUAAUAAACAAAUCUUCAUACGAAAGGGGUUUCGCAGCCGGCACAGUGUACAAGUCUGAAUUCAUUGAGCUGAAGCACUCUUCCUCGUACUUCUGCAGAGACCCCGGCAAGCCCGAACUGGCACCGUAUAUAGAUGAGGAUGGUCUGCCGGCUGUUGGUGCCAGGGUUCAACCAGAGGAUCCGUUUUACUGUUUCUACGACGGAGAGAAGAGCCAGUUCGCAGUGAGCAAGUACCACGGCAAGGAGGAGGUGUUCGUGGACAGUGUGCGCCUCUGCGGGGACUUCUCGCCCCGCGCCCCGCGCAAGGCCUGCGUCGUCGUACGCAUACAGCGUAACCCAACAGUGGGUGACAAGUUCGCUUCCCGAGCCGGGCAGAAGGGUAUUUGCUCGCAGAAAUGGGCGGCGGAGGACCUCCCCUUCACAGAGUCAGGCCUCAUCCCGGACAUUCUGUUCAACCCCCAUGGUUUUCCUUCCAGAAUGACCAUAGCUAUGAUGAUAGAGUGCAUGGCGGGCAAAGCGGCAUGUCUGCAUGGACAUGUGCACGACGCAUCCCCAUUCCGCUUCAACGAAAAGGACACAGCCAUCAACUACUUCGGCAGGCUUCUGGAAGCCGGUGGUUACAACUACUUUGGUACAGAGAGGCUGUACAGCGGCGUGGACGGUCGUGAGAUGAAGGCAGAUAUCUUCUGCGGCCUCGUGCACUACCAGCGGCUGAGGCACAUGGUGUCUGAUAAGUGGCAGGUGCGUACAACGGGCGCGGUGGACGCGCUCACCCGCCAGCCGGUGAAGGGGCGGCGGCGCGGCGGCGGCGUGCGCCUCGGGGAGAUGGAGCGCGACGCGCUCAUCUCGCACGGCGCCGCAUUCCUGCUGCAAGACCGUCUGUUCCACUGCUCCGACAAGAGCGAGGCAAUGCUCUGUUCAAAAUGUGGAACUCUCCUUGGCCCAAUAGCUGGCAACACCGAUGGAAAAAAAGAAACGUGCAAAUUGUGUGGAGAAGGAAACUUACUAUCAAUAUCUAUUCCAUAUAUCUUUAAAUUUUUUGUGACCCAGCUAGCCUCAGUUAAUAUUAACGUUAAAAUAAAUUGCAACACUAAAUUAGCAAUACAAAGU